AUGAGCCGCAAUUCCGCCACCUCUGCUACCCCUUUGGUUUUGCCAGCUGCUCAGGACAGCUACACAGUCGCAUUGGUCACUUCUGUGGGGCUGGUCUGUCUGAACUCCAUCCAGUACGGAUUCCACAUGUCAGAGCUCAACGCCCCUGAAGAGCUCAUCAAAGAGGCACUGAAACUUGACACUUCACAGGUGGGGUUGCUCACUUCGAUCUUCUCCAUUGGUGGACUGAUGGCGUCCACGUUUGCAGGCCAAAUAAGCUCCCGUCUUGGUCUAAGGUCCAGCUUUCUCGUCACUGCUAUCUAUUAUACUAUAGGCUCGUAUCUGGAGUAUGGCGCCCAGACCUAUCUGUCGAUGCUGUUUGGACGAUUUGUGAGCGGACUGGGGGCAGGAUGUGCUUUAGUGCUUGUUCCGCUGUACAUCAACGAGAUUGCGCCAGUUUCUUUGCGAGGCGUGCUGGGAUCAAUGAACCAGGUGAGCAUCAACCUGGGGAUUUUACUCGCGCAGGUUCUGGCAAUUUGGUGGGCUACAGAGAUGAAUUGGAGGCUAAUUCUGGGAUCAGGGGUGGUCCUGGCAGCGUCGACGCUGCUUCUGUCCCUGUUGCUUCUGAAAGAGUCUCCUAAAUGGCUGAUUCUCAACCAGGGCAACGAAGCCAGAGGUUUGCGCAUUCUGAACAGGCUCAGGGGCAACAAUACCUUGCAAUGUGCUCAAGAGGUACAGAUCUGGAAAGAAGAGAAGAAAAGGCACAUGCAGCUCAUAGAGUCUAAUCCGUCGCUCAAAACACUCUCGUUCUACACUUAUCUAACAAACCCGAACUACAGAAACUCGCGCAUUGUUUCUACAGUGCUGAUGGUGGGACAGCAGCUUGCAGGAAUCAACUCGAUUGUGUUUUAUGGAGUCAAAAUCCUGACGGGUUUGUUCCCAGCGCACGCUGUUGCAAUCAAUUGUCUCAUCAGCCUCGGAAACAUGCUGAUCACUUUCGCCGCAUCCUUGUUUCUGGACAGAGUUGGCCGCAAACCAAUGCUGCUCGCCUCGGUGGCAAUUAUGGGCGUCGCCUCCGCGUCACUCAGUCUCGGCAUUAUAUCUGGCAACUCGGCGCUCACGCUGCUUGGGGUCUUCGUUUACGUCGGCUCUUUUGCUAUUGGGUGCGGACCUAUCCCAUUUUUGAUCAUUAGCGAGUUUUCACAGGUGGAAAUCAAAGACCUAGCCCAAAGUUGGGGAACAGACUGCAACUGGAUCAGCUGCUUUGCGGUUGGCUUUCUAUUUCCUAUUCUCAACUCUUGCAUAGGAGGAUAUACAUUUCUGCUGUUUGCCGCUGUCUGUGCAUGCUUCUACGCGUUUAUCUACACGACUGUGCCCGAAACCAAGGGCAAGAGUACCUACGCCGAGGUCUGGGGUAUCCGAGGAGACAGAUCCUAG